AUGAACCAGCGAUCGUUUCUCGGAACCUGGGUGGCCCUUUUGGUGAUAACUGCGCGGCAGCGAGCUCAUGCCAUGGCGAGUCUGUAUCCGUUCUGGCAGAACGACACGAAAACGCCCAAAGUGGAUGAUGGAAGCUCUCCCGAGAUCAAGAUCUCUGUCCCAUUCAUCUUUUUUGGAGCCCCGUACAGAAGCGUUUAUGUCAACAACAACGGCGUGAUUUCCUUCAACGCACUCGUCAGCCAGUUCACGCCAGAAGCCUUCCCCUUGACCGACGGGCGGGCCUUCGUCGCGCCCUUCUGGGCCGACGUGCACAACGGCAUCCGGGGAGAAAUCUACUACAGGGAGAGCGCGGACCCCGAGCUGCUGAGGAGAGCCUCCAAAGACAUCCACAAGCACUUCAAAGACAUGUCCUCUUUCUCUGCCAUCUGGAUCUUCAUCGUCACCUGGGAGGAAGUCACUUUCUACGGAGGAAGCAGCACGACGCCGGUGAACACUUUCCAAGCUGUCCUGAUCACAGACGGUGUGUCAUCUUUUGCCAUAUUUAACUACCAAGAAAUCAGCUGGACCACAGGGACAGCCAGCGGAGGGGACCCCCUGACCGGUCUCGGUGGAGUGAUGGCUCAGGCUGGCUUCAAUGGUGGAAAUAUCACCAACUUUUUCAGCAUCCCAGGCUCCAGAACCCCAGACAUAGUCAAUAUUGAAGAAACGACCAACGUUAAUGUCCCUGGGCGCUGGGCUUUCAAAAUAGAUGGCAGAGACAUAGAUCCAGCCAACGGCUGCAGCCUGAGAGGGCAGUUUCUCCGUCAAGGGGAGAUCUUCUGGGACAACGCCAACUGCACCACCAAGUGCCGCUGCCUGGACUUCAACAACGAGAUCUUCUGCCAGGAGAUGGCUUGCGGUCCCUUUGAAGUGUGCGAGCUGAAAACCAAGUUCUUCCAGUGCGUGCCAGUGGAGAGCAGCACGUGCGUGGUGUUUGGAGAUCCACAUUACCACACCUUCGACGGCUUCCUCUUUCACUUCCAGGGUUCCUGCUCCUACCUCCUCGCCAGGCAGUGCUGGCCAGGCUCCCAGCUGCCCUACUUCAGCGUGGAGGCCAAGAACGAGAACCGAGGCGGCUCCUCCGUCUCCUGGCUGAGGGAUAUUUUUGUGGAGGUCUACUCACACAAGAUCGUCCUCCCCAAGGGCAGCUUUGGGAAAGCGAAGGUGGAUGACUUGGUGGUGUCCCUACCCAUCUCUCUGGAACUGGGUGCAAUAAAAGUCUACCAAAGUGGUUUGUCCACAGCCCUGGAGACUGACUUUGGCCUGCUGGUGACCUACGACGGACAACACUACGCCUCCGUCUCCGUCCCGGGCACGUACAUCAACGCCACGUGUGGUCUGUGUGGGAAUUACAAUAAAGACCCUGAGGACGAUACCCUCCGCUCAGAUGGGAGGUUGGCCACCUCCGUGCCGGACCUGGGCGAGAGCUGGCGAGUGCCACACCCCGAGCGAAAAUGCUCACCCGGCUGCUUGGACAACUGCACCCUCUGUGACGCUGCCGCCGAGACCCUCUAUUUCACCUCCGAAUACUGCGGCUUCAUCAACAAGAGCGGCGGGCCGCUGUGGGAGUGCGGCGCCGUCGUGGACCCCACCGCCUUCGUCCACAGCUGCGUCUACGACCUCUGCAGUGCGCGGGAUAACGGCACCGGCCUGUGCCAAGCCAUCCAGGCGUACGCCGCCGUGUGCCAGGCCCUGGGCAUCUCGGUGGGAGAGUGGCGCACCCAGACGGGCUGCAUGACAGCCGUGCGGUGCCCGGAGCUCAGCCACUACUCAGUGUGUGCCAGCAGCUGUCCCGCCACAUGUUCCGACCUCACGGCCCCGCUGGCCUGCACCUCGCCCUGCUCCGAGGGCUGUGAGUGCAACGAGGGCCACGUCCUCAGCACGGAUCGCUGCAUCCCCGUUCAGAAAUGUGGCUGCGAUGUGGACGGCCGGUACUACGCCAUCGGGGAGUCUUUUUGGGUGGCAGCAGACUGCACGGUAGAGUGCCAGUGUGAGGACAGUGGGGAGGCCAGGUGCUUUAACACCACCUGCCCCGAAGGAGAGGUCUGCGCCAUUGAGAACGGCUACCGGGGCUGCUACCCCAAGCGGGAGAGCCUGUGUUUGGUAGGGCAGAACCAAGUGCUGCAGACGUUUGACGGCAUCUCCUUCCCUUAUCCGCUGGAGCACUCCUACACGUUGCUCAAAACCUGCCUGGAGAGACCAGAAUUCAUUGAGGUGGACAUCAGCCAAAAGAAGCCCGGAUCCGCUCCCAGCGGGCUACGUGUUGUGCGGAUCCAGGCCGUCGGCCAAGAGGUGAAGAUCGGAGGCGCGAGCCUGUCAGAGAUCAAGGUGAACGGUUACGAUGUGGAGCUGCCCUACUUCCACCCUUCUGGCCGCCUGGAAAUCUACCGUAGCAACAACGGCACCAUGAUGGAGUCCGAGGGGCUCCUGGCUAUCGGCUACUAUGAUUCGGGCCUCCUGGAGAUCCACCUCUCCACCGCCUACUUCAACUGCACCGGGGGCCUGUGCGGUUUCUUCAACGGCAACAGCAGCGACGAAUUCUGCCUGCCCAAGGGCAAGUGCACGGACAACCUGGAGCUCUUCCUGGAGAGCUGGACCACGUUCGACGAGAUCUGCAACGGGGAGUGCGGGGAUCUCCUCAAGGCUUGCAACAACGACUCGGAGCUGCUCAAGUCCUACAGGAGCCGUUCCAACUGCGGCAUCAUCAACGACCCCACCAACAGCUCCUUCCUGGAGUGCCACGGUGUGGUCAACGUCUCGGCCUACUACAGGACGUGCCUCUUCCGUCUGUGCCAGAGCGGGGGCAACCUGUCGGAGCUGUGCGAUUCUGUGGCGCGCUACGCCGGUGCCUGCAAGAACGCCGAGGUGGAUGUCGGCCAGUGGCGGAGCCACAGUUUUUGCCCUCUCACCUGCAUGGAGAAUAGCCACUUCGAGGAGUGCAUGAGCUGCGUGGAGACCUGCGAGACCUUGGCCACGGGCCCCGUCUGCGCGGACACCUGCACCGAGGGCUGCCAGUGCGACGAGGGCUUCGCCCUCCGCGGCACCCGCUGUGUUCCCCGCAGUGAGUGCGGCUGCAAUUUUGAGGGGCGCCAGCUGGCCACCAACCAGACCUUUUGGAUGGACAUCUCCUGCCACUUCCUCUGCUACUGCAACGGCUCCGACAACAGCGUGUACUGUGAGAAUGUCUCCUGCAAGGACGACGAGUACUGCCUGGAGGAGAACGGCCUCUACUACUGUCACGCCCGCACCGACGCCUCCUGCAUCGUCUCCGGCUAUGGACACUACCUGACGUUCGACGGCUACUCCUUUGACUUCCAGAGCAGCUGCGCGUUGGUCCUGUGCACCACGAUCACCCGGCCAAGGGUGGAGCGCUCAGACACUUUCCCAGCAUUCACUGUCACAGCCAAGAAUGAGGAUCGGGACACCUCUCUGGCCCUGUGGGUGAAGCAAGUGGAAGUGGAAGUCUUUAAUUACAACAUCGUCAUCCACCGUGCCUACAAAUAUACUGUGCUGAUCAACAACGAGCGUCUCUACCUGCCCCUGAAGCUGGGCCAGGGCAAAGUGAACAUCUUUGCCUUCGGCUUUCACAUCGUGGUCGAGACCGACUUCGGGCUGAAGGUGGUGUACGACUGGAAGACCUUCCUCUCCGUCACCAUCCCGCGCAGCUUCCAGAACCUGACCUACGGCCUCUGUGGCCACUACAAUGGCAACCCCGAGGAUGACCUGGUGACCGUGGGCGGUGCACCGGCUGCCAGCGUCGCUGACUUCAUCCAGAGCUGGGCCAAGCGGGACGCGUUCUGCCGCGUGGGCUGUGGCGACCGCUGCCCUGCCUGCGGGAAGGUGGAAGGCUUCUGGAAACCCCAACAGCUCUGCAGCCUUAUCCCGAGUCAAAGUGGUGUCUUUGCCAAAUGCCACAGCAAGAUCAACCCUGGCUUCUUCUACAAGAACUGCCUCUUCGACACGUGCGUCGAUGGGGGAGCCAUGCAAACGGCCUGCAGCUGGCUGCAGAAUUACGCCAGCACGUGCCAAACGCAGGGCAUCGCCAUUACCGGCUGGAGGAACUUCACCUCGUGCUCCGUCAGCUGUCCCCCCAACAGCCACUACGAGAGCUGUGUGUCCCUGUGCCAGCCCCGAUGCGCUGCCAUUCGACUGAAGAGCGACUGCAGCCACUACUGUGUGGAGGGAUGCCAGUGCGACCCCGGGUACGUCCUCAACGGCAAGAGCUGCAUCCUGCCCCACAACUGUGGCUGCUACUCCGAUGGCAAAUACUACGAGCCCAAGCAGCUCUUCUGGAAUGGGGACUGCACCCGCCGGUGCCGCUGCUUCCGACGCAACCUCAUCCAGUGCGACCCGCGGCACUGCAAGUCGGACGAAGAGUGUGCCUUGCGCAACGGUGUCCGUGGCUGCUUCAGCACCAGGAGCUCCUUCUGCCUGGCAGCGGGGGGUGGUGUCUUCCGCACCUUCGACGGCGCCUUCCUCCGCUUCCCUGCCAACUGUGCCUUCGUCCUCUCCACCAUCUGCCAGAAGCUGCCUGACUUCUCCUUCCAGCUUAUCAUCAACUUUGACAAGUGGUCCUCGCCCAACCUCACCAUCAUUUCCCCUGUGUACUUCUACAUCAAUGAGGAGCAGAUCCUCAUCAGCGACAGGAAUACCGUCAAGGUGAACGGCAGCCAUGUGAGCAUCCCCUUUGUCACUGGGCUUUCCACGAAGAUCUUCAGCCAGGAAGGCUUCCUGGUCAUCGACUCCAGCCCUGACAUCCAGAUCCGCUACAAUGGCUUCAACGUCAUCAAAAUCACCAUUGGGGAGCGGCUGCAGAACAAGGUGUGCGGCCUCUGCGGCAACUUCAACGGCGACCGGACGGACGACUACGCGACUCUGCGGGGGAAGCCGGCGGUCAGCAGCGUGGUGCUGGCACAGAGCUGGAAGACCAACGGCAUGCAGAAGAGCUGCAACGAGCUGCAGUACUCGCAGUACGCUGCCUCCUGCGACAACGUCCAGAUCCAGGAGCUGCAGAGCGACAGCUACUGCCUGAAGCUGACGGACAUGAAAGGCUUCUUCCAGCCCUGCUACGGCCUCCUGGACCCCCUGCCCUUUUAUGAGUCCUGCUUUCUGGAUGGCUGCUACAACCACAAGAAGGUCCAGCGGCCUGCAUAGGGCGGGGCCUGCCGCACCUUUGGCAUCCUGGGCACCGAGUGGAUCGAGAAGGAGAAUUGCUCAGGAGUGGUGGAAGAUCCCUGCGUGGGCGCCGACUGCCCCAACCGCAGCUGCGAGCUGGACAAUGGUGGGGAGCUGUGUGGCUGCAUCGAGCCUCCGCCCUACGGGAACACCACCCAUGACAUCAUUGAUGCAGAGGUGACCUGUAAAGCCGCCCAAAUGGAGGUGUCCAUUUCGAAGUGCAAGCUGUUCCAGUUGGGCUUUGAGCGCGAGGGCGUGCGGGUCAACGACCGCCACUGCCCCGGCAUCGAAGGGGAGGACUUCAUCUCCUUCCAGAUCAACAACACCAAAGGCAACUGUGGCAACGUGGUGCAGUCAAACAGCACACAUAUAGUGUACAAGAACACGGUGUGGAUUGAAAGUGCCAACAACACGGGCAACAUCAUCACCCGGGACCGGACCAUCAAUGUGGAGUUUUCCUGUGCUUAUGAGCUGGACAUCAAGAUCUCCUUGGAUUCAGUUGUCCGGCCAAUGCUCAGUGUGAUUAACCUCACGGUGCCGACGCAGGAAGGGAGCUUCACGACCAAGAUGGCCCUGUACAAGAACUCAUCCUACAAGCACCCUUACCGGCAGGGCGAGGUGGUGCUCACCACACGGGAUGUGCUCUACGUGGGGGUCUUUGUUGUUGGGGCUGAUUCCAACCACCUGAUCCUGAUGCUGAACAAGUGCUAUGCCACCCCCUCGCGGGACAGCAACGACAAGCUGCGCUACUUCAUCAUCGAGGGAGGGUGUCAAAACAUGAAGGACAACACCAUCGGCAUAGAGGAGAAUGGGGUGUCGUUGACAUGUCGCUUCCACGUCACUGUCUUCAAGUUCAUUGGGGAUUAUGAUGAAGUUCACCUCCACUGUGCCGUCUCACUCUGCGAUUCGGAGAAAUACUCCUGCAAAAUAAACUGCCCUCAGCACACGAGGAUGGCCAGUGUGUUCACUGAGGAGCCCAAGGAACAGAUCAUCUCCGUGGGGCCUAUUAGAAGGAAGCGAUCGGACUGGUGCGAGGACAAUGGAGGCUGCGAGCAGAUCUGCACGAGCCGGGCGGACGGACCCUUGUGCAGCUGCGUGACAGGGACGCUGCAAGGGGACGGCAAGAGCUGCAGGGCCUCCAGCUCUUCAGGGGAGCAUCGUGCCCGAGUGACCCUUCUGGUGGCGGCCCAGCUGUGGCUGGGCUGUGGCUGCGCGCAGCUCCGCGGGACCUGA